UAUAAAGGACCACAAGGCAGUAAUCUAAGUGUGCAAACAAGUGAGAAAGGAAGAAGAAUAAGAAAGAUGAUGGAAAUUGAGGAAGUAAGCAAUUAUGAGGCAUUGCCAUUGCUCUCAUUGAAUCAUGUAUCAUUGUUGUGUAGAUCAGUUUUGGAUUCUAUGAGGUUCUAUGAAGAAAUCUUGGGCUUUGUUCUCAUCAAACGCCCCUCUUCUUUCAAAUUCAAUGGAGCUUGGUUGUAUAACUAUGGCAUUGGAAUACACUUAAUCGAGAACCCAUCCAUUGAUGAUUUCGACACCAUUGUCGAACCACGGCCAAUCAAUCCCAAGGAUAAUCACAUAUCAUUCCAGUGUAGGGAUGUGGGGCUUGUGAAGAGGAGGCUUGAAGACAUGGGGAUGAAGUAUGUGACAGCAGUGGUUGAAGAUGAAGGGAAUAGGGUUGACCAGGUGUUCUUCCAUGACCCAGAUGGAUACAUGAUUGAGCUCUGCAACUGUGAGAACAUCCCAAUCCUUCCACUCUCUUCUUGUUCAUUCAAACCAAGGCUAAGCAGCUUCAACAGGGCUGCACCAACUAAAUGUGGAUUCAUGGAAAAUAUGAUGAUGGAGAGCUUGAGCAUGGAUAUAUUGAACAUUUCAUUUUAAAUUUUCCAAAAGAGUGAACAACUUUCACUUCCUUUUGAUGCCAUUGUUUGCUGCAUUUGUUUAAGAGGUCUUGUAAUGGUCUGGUGCCAUGAUUUCAUGAAGAAGUUAUAAUCUGAAUUUAUUUAUAAUUAUAUAUAUGUAUACUUUUUAAGAAUAGAUAAGGUUUCUGAUUGUGUUAAAUUUGAAA